CACAGGCACUACAGAGAGAGAGAGAGAGAAACAAACGUUUAAUCAGAGCUUCGAUAUGUCCACGGCACAAGAUCAAUCUAAGAACCUGGAGCAGCUAUCCGAAGAUCCCAUCACUGCUGUUGGUGUAGUGGCAUCACAUUGCAAAGCCCCUGAUGGUUACCAUGUUGUUGCACAAACAACAGAUGGCUCUGACGCCGACCUGUGGAAGGACGGCUUAUUCAAAUCCAAGGUCACCCGCUACCUCUGUUUCACCAGAAAAAAUGACCAGCACGGCAGUGUUGUUGUGGACAUGAGGCUUAUUGACAUUAAAGACACGUUGCCAGAGGGCUUCACAGCCGUACAAGAAACCGUGGACACAAGAGAGCCUGCGAUGAGGAAGAGGAGGCUAUGUGUGAAGCUCUGUCCUGGUGCAGCUGCCAAGACUGCUGUCGUCGACAUUCAGAUAACUGGGAAGUCCAAGCAUCAUCUUGUCAACUACACUUGUAUCGGUGAGCUGAACAGUUUGGAAAUAUGGUAUCGAAUGGGAGAUGCCCUCCAGAUACAGCAGUCAUUGCAGAGACUGUCCAUUACAGCUGUCAUUGAAACACCGCCCAACACAGCAAGUCCCAACAUAAGGACCACCAGCAGACCUGAUUAUGAGAACCAGAACAGCGGUGUCUACACCAUGUCAGCAAUGGAUGACGUGCCCUUUUUGUUGUCUGAGAAGUUUUAUGACACAGAGGAAAAGAUGCAGCGAGUCAAUUUAAUGGGCAUUACGAUCAAAUCCCUGGCAGAGAUCGAGGAGGAAUUUCACUACAACUUCAGCAUGGAGCAAAGCGUCGCCCCACAUCGUCCCUCGCCGAGUCUGCGCCGAGGGAGCCACGAGGGGCCGGAUGUCUGCUAAUCCACCCUGGGGUAGUGCACUCACAGUCGAUGUAAACGUGUUGCCCGUGAAGCCCGCGUGCCUCUCGGUGCUGCGAACGUCUGGCGAAACGACUCGUAGAAUCGCGCUCGAAUCACUGAAGUUGUCUCUCUCUUUUUUUUAAAUGUUGUGUAACGUGCACGCUUACCCAAGAUGUGCAAUAAAAACUGUUUUC